CCUUGACCCGAAUCAAAACACCCCUUAUCCGGCUUCUUAGAAGUGGGUUCCGGGGUAAGAAUGGGCAAGAAUACUCCAUGUCUCCUCCCCACUGCUCACAGGAGGCCACCUGGUUCCUAACGUGUCACUACCUCUAGCCUCAACCCAACCGCCUCCGACCACCGUUUCUCCAAACUUGCUUCAGCUCUUUCCCUUCGAUCAUUAUCCUCACAUUCUCUUCCCACUUUUCUAUUCACCGUCGUUAGUAUUAGCCCCUUUAACCCAAUCAUCUUCCACCGAUGAGGGAUAAUGCGGUUGCAUCUUUGAACCGGCAAGUUUUUGCAGUAAUUAAACGAAGAGCUUUCCACAAUGGUCGUUCAUUUGGGGGUGUUCCCUGCAGAAGUUUUUCCACAAGAUUCUCUAGUGUUCAUGGCGAGAAACCAUCAGCAGAGUAUGCCAAAUUGAGGAAAGAAUCACUGGAAAGUGAAUUUGGAAAUGCACUUACUUCUAGAUCCAAACGUCUCUCCAUGUACUACAGUUUUGGCCCUUUUUUAGCAUUGUAUAGAGCAGCAUAUAUUUCAUACGAGGUCUUCAAGCUUACUUUGGCUCAUUUUUUUGUUCAUGACAUUAAAAAACGGUCAGCAAAGUUUUGUGAUACCCUCAUCCGCUUAGGUCCUUUUUAUAUCAAGUUAGGACAAGCUCUAAGCACAAGACCAGAUAUUCUGCCUUCUGUAUAUUGUAAUGAACUUGCUAAACUACAGGAUCAAAUACCUCCAUUUUCAACCAAGGUUGCGAUUCGUUCUAUUGAAUCCCAGUUGGGUGUUCCUAUUUCAGAAAUCUUUUCAGACAUCAGCCCAGAACCUAUGGCUGCAGCAUCUUUAGGCCAAGUGUAUAAAGCUCAUUUGCAUACAGGGGAGCUAGUAGCUGUAAAGGUACAAAGACCUGGUAUGUCACUUUCUUUGACCCUUGAUGCCUUGUUAUUUAACAUGAUUGGGGGCCAAUUAAAGCGAUUUGCCAAAGCAAGGAAGGAUAUAAUAGUAGCAGUUAAUGAAACAGUGAGGCACAUGUUUGAAGAGAUUGAUUACAUACUUGAAGGACAAAAUGCUGAAAGAUUCGAUUCUCUUUAUGGUUUUCGCUCCACCAAAGAGGUGGAGACUUCUCUGAAGGAAGAAAGAUGGGUUAAAGUUCCAAAAAUAUACUGGAACUUUACGCGAAAAGCUGUGCUUACAAUGGAAUGGAUUGAUGGUAUUAAGCUUAAUAAUGAAGCUGCAUUAAAGACAUUUGAUUUAAACCGAAAAGAACUGAUAGAUAAGGGAUUGUAUUGUUCGUUGAUGCAAUUACUUGAAGUGGGUUUUUUUCAUGCGGAUCCUCAUCCGGGUAAUCUUGUUGCUACUAAAGAUGGUGCUCUUGCUUACUUUGACUUUGGGAUGAUGGGAGACAUUCCACGUCACUAUCGUGUUGGACUUAUCCAAGUGCUUGUACACUUUGUCAACCGUGACUCUUUGGGUUUAGCCAAUGAUUUUCUCUCACUUGGAUUCAUUCCAGAAGGAACCGAUAUGCUUUUGGUUGCAGAUGCACUUAAAUUAUCUUUUGGUGAUGGCACCCGACAAUCCCAAGAUUUCCAGGCGAUUAUGAACCAACUUUAUGAUGUUAUGUAUGAAUUCAACUUCUCUCUUCCUCCUGACUAUGCAUUGGUGAUAAGAGCAUUGGGAUCACUCGAAGGGACAGCAAAAACAUUAGACCCGGAAUUUAAAGUUGUUGAAAGCGCAUACCCUUUUGUGAUUGGACGGCUUCUUGCGGACCCCAGUCCCGACAUGAGAAAAAUCUUAAGAGAACUCCUUAUCUGUAAUGAUGGUUCCAUACGAUGGAAUCGCCUAGAACGCCUGGUGGCGGCGAUAUCUAUAUCUGAAAAGACAGAUGGAGAAGAUAAGGAUGCUAAUAAAUCCUCAAGUCCACUUGAGUGGAAGUCUUUUGACAUGAAUGCUGUUGUUUCUGCUACAGAAGAUCUUUUUAAGUUUAUUUUAUCCGAAAAGGGUUUCAGAGUGCGACUUUUUAUCGUUCGUGAUAUACUAAAAGUUGCGGAUAUUUUUCUUGAAGAUGAAGUUGCUUCUUGUAUGUUUGAUGAGAAUUGUGAUACAGGACAUACGACCGAAUCAGAGGGGCAUGCAACUAUCGAAAGGGUAGUUAGUGGAAUUUGUUAUUUUUGGCAAGCUGUGAAAAUGGCACCGGAUGUAUGGACAGCUAUGCUGAUACGCAUGGCGUUGAAUCCUGAGGAUUCCAGUCACAUUGUGGAUUUGUGCAUCGAGAUUUCUCCACAAAUUGUAAUCAAGGGAUGA